AUAUAUAUAUGUAUAUAUAUAUCUUUCUCUCUGUAGAAAAUCUAUGCGAUCACCACCAUGAAUUCGAGCUCUUCAAACCCUCAAUCCAUGGCGAACUCAACACUGACUGACUCCUGAGGCAACAAGGUGAGGAAACCCUACACCAUAACCAAGUCUAGAGAGAGCUGGACCGAAGAAGAACACGACAAGUUCAUUGAAGUUCUUCAACUGUUGUUUAGUAAAUUUGGAUUGGAUGAGACAUGGAUUUGGUUGAUUAGUUCUGUUGGGAACCGUUAUAAUGCAAGGUUUGACCGUGACUGGAAAAAAAUUGAAGAUUUUGUUGGUUCAAAGACGGUGAUUCAGAUCUGAAGUCAUGCCCAAAAAUACUUUUUGAAGGUCCAAAAAAAAUGAUACUAUAGCACAUGUGCCACCACCUCGACCUAAGCGCAAAGCUGCUCAUCCUUACCUGCAAAAGUUUUAGCACCAUUGCAAGCUUUCAUAGCUUAACCUUCUUUGUUGAAUUCCCUUGCACCCGGAUAUUCUCCAUGGGCUGACAUUUCCAUGCUCAUACACUCUUCAUCAGCUGAUAUUGGAUCGAAGGGGGUAGCAAGGAUUAGUAACAGCGGCAUUGAUGGCAUCGGAAGCUUGAGUAGAACAAUAUCAAGUUCUGAAUUAUCAAAGCAAGGGAAACCAGGUUCAUUGUUUCAUGGUAUACCAGAUUUUGCUGAAGUCUAUAGCUUCAUGGGAAGUGUCUUUGAUCCAGACACACAAGGCCGUGUGCAGAAGCUCAAGGAGAUGGAUCCUAUCAACUUUGAAAUUGUGAUUAGACGUGUGACCAGACUUGAGACUUCCAGUCUGGAUCGGUUUGUGUCAGCCAACUUGUGCGCCUCUCGAGAAGGUUCCAGAAGUCUUUUUGUGGUCAAGUUCCGCGGAUUGUGUUCAUGAACAAGUUUUAAGUUUUCUUUUUCUUUUUCUUUUGUUUGGACAAGUUCAUGUAUCUUUUGUAUGUACGGCUAACGUCAUUUUCUAUGUAAAUAUAAGUUUAAAUUUUCUGUUCCA